AUGGCUUUAAACCAUAUUCACUUAGUGAUUUCCUCAGACAUUACAUGUCGUAAUAAAAAAUCUAAAUUUAAAAAUUAUACUUAUUAUUAUGCAGAUUUCGAAGCUAGUACACAAGGAAAUCAUAAAGCACAUUGUGUUGCUUAUUCUAAACAAAAUUCUUCUCAAAUUUUAUGUAAAUAUGGUGGCGAGUGUGUAGAAGACUUUUUAUCUGAUUUAGAUAACAAUUUCGUUGUUUAUUUUCAUAAUUUGAAAUAUGAUUCAUGUUUAUUAGCAAAAUAUGGAAUUGAGACAUGUAUUAAAAAGAUGGAAAAACUAUGA